AUGCUGUCGUGCCAUAUACCCAGCAAGCAUGACCUGCUUGUGAUCGUGCACCUCAUCUGUUGCAUGUGCGGAAUUGGGUCUCUCUCGAUGCCUUACAUCUUUGCUCAGGCUGGCCCGAUCUACUCCAUGCUUGCGUUUCUUCUCAACGGCUGCAUCAACACAUACGCCACGGUUGCGUUAUCGCACUGCUUAUUGAAACUCCGCCAUCUCCCGCAUAUUCACACGUACACUGACUUGGCUGUGCAUGUGUGGGGUCGAAAGGGGGUGUAUAUUGUCCAGGCGACACAGUUGGCGUCGUGCUUUCUCCUACCCGUGGCGUUCCUCGUGCUUGGUGGGGCCACGCUCCUUCCGGCCAUUUUUGACGGCGCCAUCGACUUCUCCCCGGCUGUGUGGAUUGUCCUCAUGGCCAUCGUGCUGCUCCCCAUCAUCUACAUUCGAGUCCUGCAUGAAGCGUACAUCGUGUUGAUUUCGGGGGCAGCUGCUACCUUCAUCGCAGAUGUGCUUGCCACCGUCGACGCCUAUGUCGCCCACGGAGACGAGUUGUAUGAACCUACAGACACCGUUGGCUUUACCAACGUCCUCGACACGUUCGGAUCGUUUGCGUUGGCGUAUGGGGCUGCCGUCGUGAUCCCCCAACUGCAGCACCAUCACCCCCAGCCAGAGAAGAUGCCUACCGCAUUAGUCUAUGGCAUGCUGCUCAUUUCGGGCUUUUACGUGACGCUGGGGGCACUCGGGUACGCCCAUUUUGGCUGUGCUUCGCCCAACAACCUCCUCUUGGCCAUGUCGCACACCACUUCUCGUCGUCGAGUGGCAUAUGCGUCCAUGUUUUUGCAUGUUUCGAUGGCGUUUGCAGUGUUGGUGAACCCGUUCUUCGUCACAGUGGAGAAGUCCAUGUCCCCCCCACGUCUCCUUCAAGAUGAACGCGACAAUAAUGACGACGAAGAAGCUGUCGACGUGGGCACUUGUGACAUUGACAUUGACGAACAGUCAUUCCAUCCAUUGGACACCCCAAAAAUGAACGAGGAUGGACCUACGAUGCCGCCUUUAGAUUGUAAGCAACCUUCUGGUGGAAAUGACAACACCGAAGCCAGCAUUUCGUCGACAGCUUCCACGUCCAGCGAGAACACCCGCCGUAUCGUGUUUCGCACAAUCAUCGUGGCCAUUCAGUGCUUUCUCGCCACGCUUUUGCAAAGCUCGUUCUACGACAUGGCCGAUUUGAUUGGUGCGUCGCUGGCCAACAUUUGCUCGGUGAUCAUGCCCCUGUUGUUGUACUACAAGCUGUUCGCAAACGAAAUCUCCAAGACCCACAAGCUCCUGUGUUGGACAGUCAUUUUGGUGUCCAUUCUGCUGGGGUCGUACUCGACGAUUCACGCCAUCCGCCGCAUCGUCAAGAAUGCGUCCGAGUACACAGUCUUCGCAAGCGUCCCGAGUGCCAAGCGGACAUCGUACCCGCUCUGCCCCGCUGGGUAUGCAGAUCGAAAGGCUCAGUGGCUUGACUCGUUCACGUUGUACUAUUAA